AUGGCGCUGGGGCUCCAGGAGCUGACACAGUGGGAAGCAGCCAGGGGGCCCUUUAGGCGGGUGCUGUUAGAGCCCCAGGACAGCCAGGUGGCCACGGGCACAGUGGGGGACAAGGAAGGGUCUGAACCAAGUGGGGGCUUGGGCAAAGCAGCCAGGGACACAAGUGGAGACUAUGGCCGCCACUGGUUUGAGGACCAGGUGCCUGGCAUCGCUCUCACGAGAGUCCGUCCCGACACCUCUCCUGCUGAGACGCUGUCUAGCCCGGGCAGCCGGUGGGACGGGCUUGAAAAGUCUGGGAGGAAGCAGCUGAAUUUCAGUGGCUUGCGGGCCCUGGUGACAGGGGCAGGGAAAGGGAUCGGGCGGGACACUGUGAAGGCCCUGCAUGCCUCAGGAGCCAGAGUGGGCGUGAGCCGCACUAAUGCAGACUUGAUUAACCUUUCCAAAGAGUGUCCUGGUAUAGAGCCUGUGUGUGUGGACCUAGGUGAUUGGACCACGGAUCGGGCACUGGGUGGUGUGGGUCCUGUGGACCUGCUAGUGAACAAUGCUGCUGUGGCCCUGAUGAAGCCUUUUCUAGAGAUUACCAAGGAGGUUUUCGACAGGUCUUUCAAUGUGAGUCUUCGUUCUGUGUUCCAGGUGUCCCAGAUUGUAGCCAAGGGUAUGAUUGAUCGUGGAGUUCCCGGAUCCAUCGUCAACGUCUCUAGCAUGGUGGCCUAUGUUACCUUUCCCAACCUGAUAACCUACAUGCUGCCUGCCCAGGGCGCAAUGACAGUGCUGACCAAAGCCAUGGCCAUGGAGCUGGGGCCACACAAGAUCCGAGUGAACUCCGUGGACCCCACGGUGGUGCUGACGGCCAUGGGCCAGAAAGUUUCAGCUGACCCUGAGUUCUCCCGAAAACUGAAGGAGCGCCACCCACUGAGGAAGUCUGCAGAAGUGGAGGACGUAGUCAACAGCAUCCUCUUCCUGCUCAGCGACCGCAGUGCCUCUACCAGCGGCUCGGGAAUCUUCGUGGAUGCUGGCUACCUGGCCUCCUAG